UGCACAGUAGGUGGCGGCAUGCACAAACAAAAUGUACGAUCGCCAUUUUACCAAAGAAGAAGAAAAACAAGUUGCUUGUCACGUGUGCCUAUACAGUUUAGAAAGUUUGACAGCAGUUUUACAACAUCUGCCUGCCAAAAUUCAGUCGAAUGUAAACCAGAGGUUCGUCCAAGUACAAGAUUGUUGCUUUGGGAGAAUAUACGUUUUUUUCCAGUAAAGGGAACUUAACGAACAAAACUUCUGAACAUGGAAUUUAUUCAGAAACUGCUUUCGGGAUUCAGACUUGACCUGGGACCGUUGAAAGAACCUCUGGGAUUUAUUCGGGUUCUAGAAUGGGUGUUCACCAUCUUUGCCUUUGCCACCACGGGGGGUUAUUCUGGGACGACCCAAAUCCUUGUGAAAUGUGUGGGGGAGGAGCUCAAGACCGUAGGGGCAAGGUUCAGCUACCCCUUCAGGUUGUCUAGCUACGGCCCUUUCAUGGUGCCUGCAUGUAACAGCAGCGCUGCGAAUGCGACCUACCUCCAGGGCGACUACUCCUCCUCAGCCGAGUUCUAUGUCAGUGUCGGUGUCUUGGGCUUCCUGUACUGCACCGCCACCCUGGUGCUCUACCUGGGCUACCAGCAUGUGUACCGCGAGGGCCGCGGACCCACCUUUGACCUGUUGGUGACUGGUGCCUUUGCCUUCCUGUGGCUGGUGUCCUCCUCUGCCUGGGGGAAGGGCCUGACUGAUGUGAAGUGGGCCACCAACCCAUUACACCUGGUUGAGGCCUGCCAGCCCCAGUGCUCACCUGGAGAGUACCCGUCCAUGGGAAAACUCAAUGCCUCUGUGAUUUUCGGGUUUCUGAACCUCAUCCUGUGGGCAGGUAACUGUUGGUUCAUCUUUAAGGAGACUCCAUUCCACAAAGACUCCAACCCAGCAACCACCAUGGAGGGUGGAGUCCCCAGCUCUUAAUUGGCACACAGAAGCUCCACCUCUAUAGUUCAAGCCAAUCGCAAAGGUGCUUGGGACUGACAGUGUAACCCUAUUAGGAAAGAAACUAAAAUGUAGAGCAAAAUUAAUUUUUUUAACCACCAACAACACAGGCCCCUUUUCAAUGACGAGUGUUCGGCUCAAGCUGAGGGAUAGUAGUUAGUUGCCCAUCUCUAACUUUCACCACAGUGAACCCAGGUUGUUGUUUAUCUACUCUUCAUAGAAUUGGUCAGUUAAUAUGAUUGAUUUGCUAGCUGCACUCAACACUACCCCAAUUUACAGAGUGAUCACUAUUUUUUUACUUUUUUAAAUGGAAUUUCCCUUCCAAACUAAGUGCCUUUACUGUACAUAAAAUGUGUUCAGUUACUGUGAACGUGGCUUGAGUUGAACACUUUGAUGGGGAUCUGGGUAUUUGUGAUAUCCAACAUGUUUGAUUUGGUCGGUUCCUCUAGAACAGGUGCUUUCGAUCACAUAGGCCUACCACAAAACAGGGCUCGCAGACAACCUACUGUAGCUGAACUGUUCCCUAUAUUUGAUUCAUAUGAGGAAGUUCAGUAAUGCUGGGUUGACAUACAGUAAUUGCCUGUCUGAAGGUCUCCUCCUUUCCCAUGAAUUUGUUAAAGGAGAUGUCAAAGGUCAUGUUGAAAGCCCCUCUUCUAGGUUGCCUUUCAGGUCUAAAUUUGGCCCUUUCAAAUAAGAAACAAUUUAACUAUUGGCCUUUCAGUAACUCCCUAAUAUUCCACUACUACUGCGUGUUUUGAAACGGACCUCAUAGAUACAUUGAUGUUGCGUUUCUGUGUCUGAAAGCGUAUUGCUUUGGUGCACUUAACUCGUUAGAGCUGUGUUAGCUACUUGAUUGCAGUCGUUACUGAUGUACAAUGCGUUCCUCUCUUUGACGUGUGGUAUGGCUUUUUUGUCAUUAUUUUGUUAACCGUAUGAAAAGUGCCUUGGUAAUUUACACCAAAUAUCAGUAUCUGGUUAAGAGAUUACUUACUCUCAAAGAGUAACCAAGUUAUUUUGGCUACAGUCAAGUUGAUGUAACACGUUUUUAGUAACGGCUGUCUGUUUUAGUUAUUCAAACGGUCAGUGCCUAUAGUCCUCGACAGCGCUGGUUGGUGUAUGUUUGCUCAACAACCUGCAGAUAAGUGGUAUUUUUGUGGAUAUCUUGGAAAAUUUAGCCAAACUUUUUUUAAAUUUGUGUAUUGUGGAGGUGACCAUUCAAACAACUACAACACUAAGUUCCCUAUGUAUUUGACUCUUCUCAAAAAUGUUGUUUGAACGGGAUACGGCAACUUUAGAAAAGUCAUUAUUUAUACUUUUUUCUUUCUUUUUUUUUACCAACAUUCAUUGGUCAAUAAAAAAAUAAAAUUAAAGCUAAUUUAUGGCUUCUGUGUGCUAAGAAAAAUAUAUUUUAUGCAGCUUCUCUACCGGAGUCAUUUUUAUACAAACACGGGUCCUAGAUUUGUUGCUUUUUAUUUGGCACCACUGGACAAGCUAGACUUAAUCAUGGCGCCGCCAAGUAACAAGUGGCAACAUGUAGGUGCCAAAAUGUGGUGAAUCCUGCUGUAUUUUUUUGAAUAAUGCUUCUUUUUUCCCCCUCACUUAUUUACAUUGGUCCUACAUUUAAUUUCGGCAAUGAUUGCGUUUGAUGGUUAUGUGGGGAUGACGUGCAAAGUCUGUCCAGCUCUAUGGGAAGUGAAUGGAACUUGAGUUUUUUGUUGUUGCUUUGCACUAAGUGUUGUAAUUAAUGUCAUUGACUUAUGAGUUGUGAUUUGAGGGAAAUGCAGACAUUGUGCAAUCCACAUAGUGCCGUUCAUACCGCCUUGGCCUCUGUAGUUAUUUACAAAGGGAAGGUUUGAGUCAAUAUCAGUCAUCAAAAGACACUGAUCUAGAUCAUUUGUGCCAUUUUAAUAGAAAUAACCUAGCUUUUUAGGGUAGAAGUCAGACUUGUGGGUCUUCUAUAUUCUCGAAUGGGAUUUCUGAAAUUUGACUCUGUAUUUCUUUUUUAUUUUGUUCCAUGUUUGUACAAAAUAAACGUCUGUACAUCCUCUGUAUUGACAACACAUUAAAGGAUAAGAGAGCUGCAACAA